CUCAACAGCUACUUCUCAACCAAAACAGAGAGUCAGAGUCUCAUUAACCCAAAUACCAAGAAGAUCCAAAAUCUUCAACCCAACCCAACUCAACUGUCUCUAAAUCCGACAAAAAUGAGCGAAGAAGGGAAAAACAGAGGAGUCCCCGCCGAACACCACCAUGUUCAGCAUCAGCAGAAUGAGGGUCAGUACGGCACCUUCCAAGGCGUGGCCAACUAUCCUCCGCCGCCGCCCGUUAUGGGCUUGCCUCAGCCUGCCCCGCCGCCCGGCGCCACCGAGCCCUCCGCUCCUCCGCCCCCUCAGUACUAUGCUCAAGCAUAUCAAACCGUUCCAGGUUACGCUGUUGCUGAGGGAAUACCAGUGCGAGAGCGUCGCCUUCCUUGCUGUGGUAUAGGUGUUGGCUGGUUCCUGUUUAUUAUUGGUUUCUUCCUUGCUGCCAUCCCCUGGUAUGUUGGGGCACUUAUUCUAAUUUGUGGCAGAAUUGAUUAUCGAGAGAAACCAGGAUAUAUCGGUUGCACAGUUGCUGCUAUUCUUGCUACCCUUGCUGUUGUUCUUGGUGUGACAAAAGGAGCUGAUGAAUGGUGAUCAUUCAGUGAAGAGCUGUAUAGGUACCAAAAUGGAUGCAUGUGUUUGUCUGUAAUCCUGAAAUUUUAUUUUGAGUAUGGAUAUGUUCGAAGAUUUAUCAUGAAACUUGUGAAAGUUAAAAAAAAUUGAAAAAAAAAAAAAAAUGGUAUGGAGCCCUCAAUGGUGUACAUUAUGAGCCCAGAGGUGUCUGAACUAUGUUGUGGGCACAGGCAUCAUGGGUGAAUUGCAACUGAUUUAAAUCUCUUACAUUGAAACAAAACAGGAAAAAUGUAAUGCUAUGUAUUUGUAGUGCUUUGACCAUGAUCAACUGCAGUUAAAUUUUUGACAAUAAAUUAUUGAUGUUUGUGGUA